CCCAGCCGGAGCGGCGGCACUCUCGGCGCAGGCUUCGUGGCCGCCCCUUCUCUUGCAGAGAAAAAGCUCGUUCGCCCAGGCGCUGGUGUAAAAUUUCAACAGUAAAAGGAACAAUGGCUUCAUCGACAUCGGAAUACACCAUUGGGGGUGUGAGAAUCCCAUUCCCUUGCAAAGCUUACCCUUCACAGCUGGCCAUGAUGAACGCUAUUGUGAGGGGGCUGAACUCCAAGCAGCACUGCCUGUUGGAAAGUCCUACCGGAAGCGGGAAAAGCUUGGCACUGCUCUGCUCCGUACUGGCGUGGCAGCAGGCAUUCUGUGAAAAGCCGCUGGAUGACUUGCCGGCCUCGAAGGAAUGUAAGAAGCUGAAGACAUCGCUGCCUUGCCGGUGUGGGUGCCAUGCGGAACUCGUGGCCCCGGGCCAGAGCAAGGCAGGGGGGGACCAUGGUGCCUCCCCCUCCUCCGCCAGCACGGGAGCAGUGGCGCACACAAGCCGUGGAGCCGUGGCGAGCAAAACCAAGGACAUCCCGAAAAGCACACUCGCUUCCAAGCUGUCUGCCAAAAAACAGGCAUCUUCACAUGAAGAGGAAGCUGAUGAUUUUAAAGUCGAUAGGAAAAGGAUUCGUUCACUAGAAACGGAGGAGCAGGUGAGGAAACGACACCGGCUUGUCAAUGGAGUGCAGUUUGUCGACGCUUUGGAGGUUUACCAGCAGCAGAACAGUGGGGAAUUGACUGUGUCCUGUGGGAAACCUCCCCCUUUCUCUCCCAAAAUAGCUUCCAGCCCCUGUACCCAGUGUACCUGUUCUACUGAGGAAAAGGCCAAAGAUGUUUCUGAUGCAAAGAAGAGAGAAAACGGAGGAAGGCCAUUUAUCCCCAAAAUAUUUUUUGGAACUCGAACACACAAGCAAAUAGCUCAGAUCACCAGAGAGAUGCGGAGAACAGCGUAUUCGGGCGUCCGGAUGACCAUUCUGUCUAGCAGGGAAUACACUUGUGUCCAUCCAAAAGUAUCUAGCUGCAGCAACAAGAAUGAGAAAUGCGUGGAGCUUCUGGAAGCAAAAGAUGGCAAAAGUUGUUCCUUCUACCACGGCGUGCAGAAGCUUAGUGAAUACCACUCUGUACUGUGCGUGCAAAAGAAGUCCCAGGCGUGGGACAUAGAAGAUUUAGUAGGCCUGGGGAAGAGGCUGCGUGCGUGCCCCUAUUUUGCAGCUCGGGAAUUGAUGGCCGAGGCCGAGAUCGUCUUUUGUCCCUACAACUAUCUUUUGGAUUCACAAAUACGGGAGAGUAUGGAGAUUAAUUUGAAAAAUCAGGUGGUCGUUUUAGACGAAGCUCACAAUAUCGAGGAUAGCGCCCGGGAAUCGUCCAGUUACACUGUGACAGAAGCUCAGCUCAGCUCGGCCCGGGAAGAGCUGGACACGAUGGUGAACAACAACAUCAGGAGGGAAAACCACGGGCCUUUGCGUGCCGUGUGCUGCAGCUUGAUUAACUGGAUAAAGGAAGCCUGCGGUCAGUUGGUGGAGAGAGGAUACGAGACCUCCAGUAAAGUUUGGAGCGGAAGCCAGAUGGUGGCAUUCUUACACAACAUGGGAAUAACAAGUGCGACAUUUCCCGUGUUACAGAAUCAUUUUGCCGCUGUUCUUGAAAAAGAAGAGAAAAUGACCAUGUUCCAUGGGGGAGAAGAACUAAUUUCCUUUCCCAUUAUAAGCCCCUCGACUCAGAUCAUCCUAAAGGGACUAUUCAUGGUCCUGGGGUACCUUUUUAAAGAGAACCACAGGUUUGCCGAUGACUACCGAGUCGCCUUGCAGCAAACCUUUAUCUGGACAAAUGAAACCCCACUUCAUUUUCCGGAUAGGAAUGGCUUCUUUGGACGGCCGAAAGGACGAUCCCAGCAUAAAAUAGCAGUGCAUACUCUCAACUUCUGGUGCUUGAAUCCAGCUGUGGCAUUCUCCGACUUGAGUGACAGUGUCAGAACGAUCAUUUUAACAUCUGGAACACUUUCUCCGAUGGACUCCUUUUCUUCUGAGCUCGGUGUGAAGUUUUCCAUUCAGCUUGAAGCAAGCCAUGUUAUUAGAGACUCCCAGGUGUGGGUCGGCACGGUUGGAGCUGGACCCAAAGGCAGGCCGCUGUGCGCCACAUUCCAGCACGCGGAAACGUUUGACUUCCAGGAUGAAUUGGGGGAGCUGCUGCUUUCCGUUUGUCAGAUGAUCGGCCGGGGGAUUUUGUGCUUUCUGCCGUCCUACAAGAUGUUGGAUAAACUGAGAAACCGCUGGCUCCACACUGGUUUGUGGGAAAAGCUCGAGUCGAUCAAAUCUGUCAUUGUGGAACCCAAAGGAGGCAGCAAGGCGGACUUUGAUGGCCUGCUGCAGAUUUACUACGAUGUCAUAAACGGCAAAAACAAGAAAGACGGUGCGCUCCUUAUCGCUGUCUACAGAGGCAAAGUCAGUGAAGGCUUGGAUUUCUCCGAUGACAAUGCCCGCGCCGUUAUCGCGAUAGGUAUCCCGUUUCCAAAUGUGAAGGACCUCCAGGUGGAGCUGAAGAGGAAAUACAAUGACCAGCACUCCAAAGCAAGAGGCCUUUUACCGGGUAGCCAGUGGUACGAAAUCCAGGCCUACCGGGCUCUCAACCAAGCUCUGGGCAGGUGCAUCCGCCACAAGAGCGACUGGGGAGCACUCAUCUUAGUUGAUGACCGUUUUGGAAGGAACCCAAAUAAAUAUAUAGCCGGGCUAUCGAAAUGGAUCCGCCAGCAAAUCCAGCACCACAAAGACUUUGGUCACGCCCUUGCUUCUUUGGAUACGUUUGCCAGAACAAACCAGGAGGCCGCCGGCCUCUCACCUUGGGGCAGUGACAGCGCCGCGCUCAGGCCUCCAUGUUCAAAGGCCCCGUCAACAAGUUCUUUCCCGGAGGCGACUCUUCAUCUAUCGCCAGGUGUUACUGUGGAAAGAGGGACACAAGAUUUGGCCCCCGAAACAUUUUCUGCCGCAGACGUCAUCGCAGUUAGUCCAGCAACAUCCAAUCUUCAGCUAUCUUCCCCGAAAAUAAAGCAAGAAAAUCUUGCCGAUUCCAAACCUAAAAAAGCCACCACCGAAGACAAGAGGGAGAAAGCAAAAAGCCGGCUUGCUUCCAGCAGUAUAAAACAGUAUUUCGACAAAGCAUUGACUUCACCACCUCUGCCUUCCCCAAGCAAGAAAGAUGCUUCCAGACAGAAAAGGCAACCAGGAGAAGCAGUGGCUGAAACUGGCGAGAGCCUUCCGAAAGGGUCCCAGGAGGAUGGGUCGUCGGUUGAGGAAGACAAGCCAACUGGACCGGUGCCACAUAGGGAAACGAUUAGCUACCCUCAUGGAAAAGCCAUCAGCUCAGCCAUUCAGGAAUAUCCAGCCGAGCAACAGUCCCGUGCUCAAGAAGACGGCGGGAAUGUGACAUUUUCUCCAGCGAAAGGAAACACAGAACUUCCAACGUCGUUUGCAGCGGCAGAAACAGAUGCCGGCGAUGACAGUAUCUAUUACACACCUGAACUUUAUGACAGUGUUGAGUCAGUGGAACAGAAAAACAAGUCACCGACUCACACCCGCUGCAGCCCUGGGACUUGGUUUGAAGCGGCCGCGGCUGGAGAGCUUUAUGAAACCCGCACUCUGAGCCUGGGAGACACAGCGCGCGAGAUCAACGUGGAUGCGGAAGCGAGUGCAGGGUGGCGUGGAAUUGUGCAGGGUGGCGAGGAUAAUGAAGGUGCAGGCAGAGCACCUGGACCUGGCAGCGGCAAAGGUGACUUUGCGCAGGGAACGAAGGAAAAGAGCAGCAAGCUUUUCAGAUCACGAAGCAAAGGUGUCUUUCAGCUCAGUGGCCAGUGAAUCACAGAAUUAGGUUGUUGGUCUGGCAGGCUUGGGAAGAAAUCAUGGGGCUUAGUUUGGGCUCGGGAUGCAGUCAGUUAAUUGGGUUUUGGUAAACCGAGCCAUGAGAGCAAUAGCGAACCGUGUACUCAAGUGGGGGGAAAGUCCCCACAGGACCAGAGCUGAACUUCAUGGCCAAAAGACAAGCCAUUCUGUCUCUACCUCCUCCUCCCUGCUGCAACGUUCAGUAGCACAAAAUACGACUCUUCACGUCUUGUGGCUCCAUGCCCUGGCAGCACAGCCUGGCCGGCCGUUUGCUGUGCGUUUCCGCUACAACGUGUUGGAGGGGCACAAGCUGGAGGCAGGGCCGUGGCGUUUGGUCACGGCAUGCAGAUCCAGGGCAAGGCGGCCAUGUGGCGCCGUUCAUGGGUGGUCUGUCCAGGGGAAAUAAGCUCACACGUGCCCUUCCCCUUCCACAGGGGAAAUUGAACGAAUUAUUCUCACACAUUUCUUCGAUGGCAUGAUCUUACUGGCCGAUCCCUAGAGAGAACUUGGGUUUGAAGUCGUCAGGAAGAUCGCUUCAGAUACACCUGCCCCAUUCAUUCCUUGGUUUCUUCCUGUGACAAAGAGGUUAAGUUCACAGGAGUGUUGAGAAGGAUUGGCGGGGUCUUUCCUGGAAGGGAGCACGGGACUAGGCCAUGGGGUAUUCGAAGUGGUCCAGUGUGGGACUGGCUUGGCAGACACCGGCGUUCGGGGGCCGGUCAGAAAGCCAGGUGAGCAGCCCAAGUCUGGGUAGCCUUUUUGGCAACCCGAUUUCAUGCAGCCCCCCCACCCCACCCCACUCCGGCACGGUAACUUCAGAAGUUGCCGCGAGAUGAGAAGAACGCCUUGUUUUUAAUGCAUGAAGGUGCCCACAAAAGCCACCCUUUCUGUUUUAUCAGUGUUGUCCUGAAUCGUCCACUGGACAGGUCAGAACAUGGGAGUAAAAGUUGAUUGAUUCUGCCAGUUACAGGACCUUUAAAGCGAGCACAUUGUGAAGGGGGACUGAGAUGAAACCUUGAUGGUGCUUCCAUUUUUGUUAGAAAGCAAUACUGUGGGACCACAGGAGUGAGCUUUCCAUACCAAAUAUGGAAAACCCUUUAUUUUCUCAGGGAACGGUGACCUAAUCAGAGAUCCCGGGCAGAGAAUUGCAGUUGUUCAAAUAUUUUUGUCUUUCCACUUAGAUUUUUUUUUCUGUAGGUUAAGGUGGUCCUUAUGAUAAGACACAUACCAGCACAAAACCAGAGUGCCUAGAUUUUACUUUCCCAGUUUUUCCCUUUUAUGAGAAUAUUUCUCCUGAAUGGAAUCAUAUAGAAUAUUUUAGAGGAAGCAGUGAAGCUAAUGUAUUGAUUUUAGAACUUUGUUAUAUCUAGAUAUGUCAGUUUACAAGUAACUUAGCGUCAGCAAUAUUCUUCCAAACUCUUGUUACAGUGCUACCCACUUUUUGAUUAGGUUUUUCACUAGUAAGCCAUAAAACUUCUAUUGCUUUAGCCAAGUACUUCUUUUCUGAAUCUUGAUCAAAUAAAUUGAUUCACAAAUA